GCAUUUGUCUUAGAGGGACCUGGGGUGUUCUUUUGAUCAGUUCAUUUUCUCUCUGGCACUUGAAUCCUGAUUGGCUGGAGGACUUGGAGGGAGGAAAAUCUUUAAUUAAGAAGAUAAUCUCUUCUUACAAAUUUCAGUGGCUCCAUUUCACCAAUCCCCUUUCCUUGCACUUCAGGACUGAUUGUUCUCCAGCUAAGUUUGGAUUCGGAGUCUUUCAACUUCUCUACACACUUUAGGAACAGAGGAUAGAGCCUCAUUUUAGCCUUCUUCUCGUUUGUUUUUACCCUCCCCCGCAAAUUACCAUUCUAAUAUUAUUUCUUUUGUUUUUUGUUCUUUGAUUUUCUUUUCUUCCUUUCGUUUUCUUGAGGGGGGUAAUGUUUCAAAUGGGCUCUUAUCCAGGAACCUUGCUUCUUGUGUCCUUCUUCCACUUCAGCCAUCCUUGGUCAGUGAAUAAUUUCCUGAUGACUGGUCCCAAGGCAUAUCUUAUCUAUUCCAGCAGUGUUGCAGCUGGUGCACAGAGUGGAAUUGAGGAAUGCAAGUUCCAGUUCGCUUGGGAUCGCUGGAACUGCCCAGAGAGAGCUUUGCAAUUGUCUAGCCAUGGAGGUCUGCGCAGUGCAAACCGAGAAACAGCCUUUGUCCAUGCUAUCAGCUCUGCUGGAGUCAUGUACACAUUAACACGCAAUUGCAGCCUUGGAGACUUUGACAACUGUGGCUGUGAUGAUUCCCGUAAUGGACAGCUCGGAGGACAAGGAUGGCUGUGGGGAGGCUGCAGUGACAAUGUAGGAUUUGGGGAAGCCAUUUCCAAGCAAUUUGUGGAUGCACUUGAGACAGGACAGGAUGCGAGAGCAGCAAUGAACCUGCAUAACAAUGAAGCUGGCAGAAAGGCAGUGAAAGGGACCAUGAAGAGAACCUGUAAGUGUCAUGGAGUAUCUGGAAGCUGCACCACCCAGACCUGCUGGCUGCAAUUGCCGGAGUUUCGAGAAGUGGGGACAUAUCUGAAAGAGAAGUACCACAAAGGACUGAAAGUUGACCUGCUCCAAGGGGCAGGCAACAGUGCCGCCAGUCGCGGGGCAAUUGCUGAAACCUUUAGCUCCAUCUCCAAGAAAGAAUUAGUCCACCUGGAAGACUCACCUGACUACUGCUUGGAGAAUAAGACUUUGGGCCUACUGGGGACUGAGGGCAGGGAGUGCCUGAAGAGAGGCAAAGCCCUCAGCAAGUGGGAGAAACGCAGCUGCCAGCGCUUAUGUGGGGACUGUGGCCUUGCUGUGGAGGAACAGCGAGCUGAAAUGGUGUCCAGCUGCAACUGCAAAUUUCAUUGGUGUUGUGCGGUUCGUUGUGAACAAUGUCGCAAGCGGGUCACUAAAUAUUACUGUGUCCACAAAGAGAAGCGGGAGCACAGUGGGGGCAGUCCAACUGCACGCAAAUCCAAGAGGAAGCAGCCUUGAAACAAUUGUGUCAACUAACAACGUUCUUGCUCUCAUAUAGUUCUUCACUUUCACUUUACUUUCCACUGCCAGAUCCACUUUGGGUUUCCUGCAUGGCAGAAACGUAGAGAAAUUCCAGCUAAGGUGAUGCUACCCCUAAGCCCCUAGGCUUCAUUUUAAUCCCAAGAUGUUUCUUUCCCAAGAAAGAAAGCACACUUGCUUUUCAGAUGGCCUGUACUCACUACAAAGUAUGUCACACGCUAUCCAUUUUCUUUGCAGCCUUUGGGUUUGUUUACUCAGCCGGCAGGGCCUGAGAUUCAGAUGGAGAAGUUCUCUAUUACAGCAUGGAAUCCCAGGCAUGGGAUUUCCUACAAAGGCAGGGUAUCUUGUUAUGUUUUAGACAUGUGCAACCCUUCUUGCUCUCUCUCAAUGACAGCUUUUUCCAUGUGGGGCUGCCAUUAGACAUGAAGUCUUUGUGCGGUUACAUGUCUGAGAUCAGGAUCAUGCUUUUUUAAAGAGAACUAACACUGACAAGAGCCUCCAUAUUUGCACACUUUAAUUGUUUUUCCCCCUUCCUGUCUGUCUUCGAUUUCAUAACCAAAUUACUUUUUUGUCGUGAAAGCAGAUAGCAGACCUAAGCAUAUGAUUCAAGAUAGGAAACCCUAUUGGCCUAAAAGGAAGAAAGAAAAUAUCUGCAGUACUCCAUGAGCAGGAAAAAAUAAAGUGAAAUAUCUGUAUUUUAGGCAUGGCCAGGGAAACAUGCUUGGACUUCACAGCUACAUGUUCCCAUGCAAAUAAACAUACAGCAAUGCCUGUCUAAAGUCAUCUGAGCUACACUUUUGAGUCCCAUCAAUUGGAUAAAUUGAUUCUAUAAGAAACUACUGACUGGACUUAUCAGUCUUCCCAAGUGCUAAUGCUCUUCGUGCUCUGUUGCUUCUUUGUGACUUUCACUCAUGAAGACCAUUCUGUCAUUUUUAGGUGGCAAAUAUAAGCCUACAUCCUGCUGGGUAAUUCCAAAAUCAUUGGUGAAUCAACAUGCAGGUAAAUCUAAUUGAUAUCAAGAUACAGGCCAAAGUGUGAAUAGUUGUGAAUGAGGACUUGUCUGCUGAGUUUCACAAAGGCAGGCUUAAGGAUUUACUGAGGAAGAAGCUAGCAGCUAAUGCCACCCCAUGACUUGUUUGUAAAUAAAAAGGAAAGAAAGGCCAAGCUUGCUAGAAGUAAACCCGAAACCUAUUUGCACCAAUACUUUGCUUGCCCUAAUAAACCAACUUCUAACCAGUUGCACUGUCAUGCCCAGAAUGAAUAUUUUGAAAUCAUAUCAAAUACUCAAAACACAUGAUGGCUUAUUAAACUGUGGCAUGUAUUUUCUCCUUCCUUGCUAGUUUAUUUUUCCCAUUGGAGGAAUUUCAACAGGAAUAGAAAAAAUGAUGAGGCAUUUUUGCCAUAUUUACUGGAAAAGCAAAAAGGCGACUCUGUCACCUGAACGUUUCCUAGAUGCGUACUUCAACUCUACAUCUCAUAAGAGUCGCAGUAGCCGAAUAAGUAUUUCCCAGCUGGUGUUGCAUAGAAUCUAGCAAAUUUGUUUAAGUGAAUCAUCUUUUUAUAAAACGAAAUGCCUGCCACUGGCAGACUGUGGAAGAUGGAGACUAGAUGAAGACCAAGCAUUUCUCAGAUGAGAAGAAUUGGCUGUGUGGAAGAUUUCCUGUAUUUAUGAAAGAUUCACCCUGUGAGCAGAAAGAUGUGAUCCAAAAGUUGUAAUGAAAUCGCAAAACAUAACGCUACUAUCAGUGCUUAACUAAUAUUUGGAAUAUAUUAUGCACAGUAAGAGGUCCAGGGACUUUUCCUUUCAGCCAUUCAUCUCUUCCUGACUGGACUCUAUGCUAGUCUGUAGGGGAAUCCCCUGACUCUUUGAUCAUCUCUGUAUCCCUCAACUAUGCGGCGCAGUGCAGUGCAGUGUGAAUAAAGGUUUUAGAGACUUUGGCUGGAAAACGUCAGGGUGCCAUUUGA